UCAAUCGUGCUAACUGAUAUUCCUUCAUUCAACGGUCGAGUUUGGAAGAGGAUGGAUCUCUCUGAAAUUGUUUAAUUAAAUUCAUUAGACAAGAAAACUUUGAAACUUAUCUCUUAAUCUUUAUUUAUUAUAAAAAAAUGGACGAACUACUAAGAUAUUCGCUGAAAGAAGUGGCGAAACACGAUGGAAAAAACGAAGGGAGCCUCUGGGUCGUCAUUAAUGAUAUGGUAUAUGACUUGACUGAUUACAAACAUAAGCAUCCUGGCGGAAAAGAGUUAUUGGAAGAGUAUGCAGGACAAGAUGCAACACGUGCGUUCGACGAGUACGGACAUUCUUUAGAUGCAAAACAUAUGUUGAAGACGUUGCUUGUGGGUGAAUUAAUAGAGGAAGAUAAAAUAAGUAAUAGAAGAAAAGAGAAUAAGAUCUCCACUAAAAUGGAAACGCAGAGAGACAGGAGAGGGUUUUUAUCAGUGUUAUGUUUCAAAUGUAUAACGUGACACAAGGAAAUAGCUGGAUAAAUCCAUUUCUGAUUAAAUUACAUUAAUUUAUUUUAUUCUUUUUUAUACUACCAAUAUACAUAUAGAGCUAAUUAUAAAUUGCUAUGUAGAGAAAGAAUUAUUAUUUUUAUUGAUUAUCACGUAUAAGUUUGUUUAAAAAAAUCGCCUCUUAAAGCUUCUAUUCGAUGUGGAAGUCGAGAGAAUCGAAAGUACAUACUCACAUUGGCAGCAUGCUAAGUGUAUACGAAUAAAAAACAUGAAUCAAUCAAUGAA